CUUUGCACUUUCUCUUUUGUUCUUUCGUAUUUAUUUAUGAUUCUCUUCUUUCUUUUUUUUCACUUCCGUUUUUGGUUCCCUUAUAAAUUCCGUAGCCUAUUUUUAAUUAAUUGCACUUUUUACUAGCAAAAACAGAAAAUUGCACUUCCUGCAGUUUUCCCCCUCUUUUUAAUCCCAACUGAACAAUCAAGGGCUUUCGCUUUCUCGCACUUUUCGAUGCCAAUCAUUAUCGCCUCCAACGCCAAUUCCUCUCACUGAGUUUUUUAGAGGGUUGAACUUUUGUUGCAAUGGCCAAUAACCCCCAAAUUUCAGGUGUACAGUCUAUUCGGCCUCCUAUAGUUGGUUCCAUGGAUCCUCCUCAAAGUCUGCCUCCAAUGUCUUUUCAAUACCGGCCUGCUGUUCCGGCACAACAGUUCAUUCCUGUGACUACUCAGCCUUUUCAGCCGAUCGGGCGAGGUGUCCCGCCGAUGAAUGCAUUGCCUCCUGCCCCACCUCAAUUUCAGCAGCCCUUUUAUUCUCAACCGACGCAGCAGUUUCCUCCAAGAGCUCAAGAUAUGCUGCCGCUGCAGACGAUUCCAUUGCCGGUUGCACUUCCAAACAACCAUCCCUUGCCCAUUGCCCAUCCUCAGCCCAGUGUUCAAACUCCAAGUAACUUCACGCCUGGUAUAGGUGGCCCUGGAGUAUCGUUCUCGUCAUCAUAUACUUUUGCUCCUUCCUAUGGUCAAAUACGAAGAAGUUUUAAUGACCCAACCUCUGUCAUAGCUCAGCAGCAGACCAUCGAAAACCCAGCGAUGACAAAUUCCGUUGCUCCUGUGACAAGUGUUCAGCCUGACCUCAGUGCAGAGGCCCUAUCGGAUUGGAUAGAACAUAUGUCUUCUAAUGGAAAAAAAUACUAUUACAAUCGGAGGACAAGAUUAUCAAGUUGGGAGAAGCCUGUGGAAUUGAUGACACCCACUGAGAAAGCGGAUGCAACAACUAACUGGAAGGAAUUUACUAGUCCUGAUGGAAAAAAGUAUUACUAUAAUAAAGUCACUAAAGAAUCGAAAUGGGUGAUGCCUGAGGAACUGAAGUUGGCUCGUGAGCAAGUAGCAAAAGCCUCUCAUAAGGAAACACAGCAGGAAACAUCUUGCUCUGUCCCAGAUUCUGUUUCUUCGCCCACGGUCAAUGCAGAUGCAUCUCCCAAAGCUCUGGGAAUAACAUCAAGCCCUGUUUCGGUGGAACCUGUUGCGGCUGUUGUUGAACCACAAGGUAUUGAGGUUUCAAGAUCAUCUUCCUCGCCUCAUGUAGCUUCUGCUAUAAAAGUAAACACAGUUGAAGAUCCUACACCUUCAAAUGUUGUCUCAACAUCCGACACUGAUACUGGAAGUAUAGGGACUGCCACCAAUGUAGCCACAGAGAAAAUGAAUAAUUCAAAUAAUGCAGCUCAGGAUACAAUUAAUUCUUCAGAUGGAGUUUCUACACACCAUAAAGAGGAAGCUUCAAAUGGUUUAAUAGGGGAGAAAGCAAAUGAUAUUGCCCCAGAAGAUAUAGUGGUCGACCGUGAACCCUUAGUUUAUGCAAAUAAGCUGGAUGCAAAAAAUGCAUUUAUGACACUGAUGGAGUCUGCUAACAUUGGCUCUGACUGGACUUGGGAUCGGGCUAUGAGAGUAAUAAUUAAUGACAAAAGAUACGGUGCUCUGAAAACACUUGGAGAGCGGAAGCAUGCUUUCAAUGAGUUUUUGGGCCAAAGGAAAAAACAGGAAGCAGAAGAGAGACGUAUUAGGCAGAAAAAAGCACGGGAAGAAUUCAAAAGAAUGUUGGAAGAAUCCGCAGAGUUGACAUCAUCUAUAAGAUGGAGCAAAGCAGAGAGCUUAUUUGAGAAAGAUGAGCGAUUCAGAGCUGUUGAACGAGAUAGAGACCGCAAGGAUCUGUUUGAUAACUAUAUUGAAGAACUCAAAAAGAAGGAACGAGCAAAGGAACAGGAGGAACGCAAGCGCAAAAUAAUUGAGUACCGGCAGUUUCUGGAGUCUUGUGACUUUAUCAAGGCAAGCAGCCAGUGGCGAAAAGUUCAAGACCGCUUAGAGGCUGACGAGAGAUGUUAUUGUCUUGAAAAGAUUGACCGCUUGGAACAUUUUCAGGAAUAUCUAAAUGAUCUAGAGAGAGAAGAGGAGGAGCAGAGGAAGAUACAGAAGGAGGAAUUAAGAAAGGCAGAGCGUAAAAAUCGUGAUGAGUUCCGCAAACUGAUGGAAGAUCAUGUUGCUGCAGGCACUCUUACUGCCAAAACUCACUGGCGUGAUUAUUGCGUGAAGGUUAAAGAGUUGCCCGAAUAUCAAGCAGUUGCAUCAAACACCUCUGGUUCAACUUCAAAAGAUUUGUUUGAAGACGUUGUUGAGGAGCUUCAGAAACAAUAUCAUGAUGAUAAAUCCAGAGUAAAAGAUGCAGUCAAGUUGGGAAAGAUCACGUUGUCAUCAACCUGGACAUUGGAUGACUUCAAAAAUGCGAUUACAAAUGAUAUUGGCUCUCCACCAGUACGUGACGUCAAUUUAAAGCUAGUAUUUGAUGAGUUACUUGAACGAGUGAGGGAGAAGGAGGAGAAAGAAGCUAAAAAGCGUAAACGUCUUGUGGAUGAUUUCUCUUACCUGCUUUCUUCUAUCAAGGAGAUAAAUGCAUCUUCUGAGUGGGAAGACUGCAAAUCGCUCUUUGACAAGAGUCACGAGUACAGUUCGAUUGGUUUAGAGAGCCUCUGUCAGCAGAUAUUUGAGAAAUAUGUGAUGCAACUUAAAGAGCAGGCGAAAGAGAGAGAGCAGAAAAGAAAGGAGGAAAAGGCAAGGCAGGAAAAGGAGAGAGAGGAGGGAGACAGAAGCAAGGUCAAGCAAAGAAAGGAAAAAGAGGGAGGACGCAUGAAAGAAAAGGAGGAGCACUUAGAGAAAGAAGAUGGAAUGGACAAUAAAACUGCUGAUUUAAAUGAAAGUCGUGCUAGCAAAGAUGAGAAAAGGUCAGUGAAAGAAAGUAAUAGGAGACAUAGGAAGAGGCAUCACAGUUCUGAGGAUUAUGCAGAUGAAAACGAGACCGAUCAGUUUAAGAAAUCCCAUGGACCUAGUAGCGAACACAAGAAAUCAAGACGGCACGAAGAGUCAGAUCAUGAAAGCAGACACAAAAGACAUAGGAGAGGUCAUCGGCAGGGUUCUCGUAGACAUGGUGAUCACGAGGAGCUUGAAGACGGUGAAUUUGGUGAUGGCAAGGUGGAUUCACAGUCAUUUCCAUCCUAGUACUAGCUCUUCUUUUGACCCUCAGGUUUAGGUUUAGCUUAUUUUUAUUGCUGGUAAGAUAUAUGACCUGUAAAUGCUUUAUAAUAAAUUCCUUAUUAUAAAGCUUUAGAUGAUUAUGUUUGCCAGACAUCACUUUUGAUCCCAUUUAAUUGGGCGCAUAGCUUUCAUGCAAUUCCUUUUUGGCCUUGAUGGAGUUAAUCUAGUAACCUAUUUCAUAAUUAUAUGGCUAUUAAACUGUAUGAAGCAAGCUGAGUACAGUAAUUUAGUCUUCACCAUAAAUUUCCCGUUUCUGUAGGGUGGGCUUAAACCUGAUAGUAAAAUAACCUCCCUUUUUACUAGCUUAUAGACAAAAGCAUGAAAAACAAAUUCCAACUUCGUUUUCAGUAUUCUCACUGUAUUCUUGCACAAUUCCAUUACACAAUUUAAGCACAUUCAGUUUUUGUUUCUGUUUUUAAUUUUUUUUGGCGCGGGACUCGGGAGCUUCUGGAGGGAGUCACGGCCCAAACCUUGGAAGCUGAAAGCAUGAAAUGGCAAAGUGAACGGUUGUACUUGGUACAAGAUACCCGUGAAGAUAAAAAUUCGCAUCCAACUUAGGCCUUAUAUAAGUAUCAACUCUCAACAAUCAAAUUAUAAGGCCGAUCAAAGAAGCUUCUUUAAGGGAACACCAAAAGAUAAAAAAUAAAAACAAAUAAAUGAAAAUGAAAAAGCUUCUUUAAUUACAGACUGUUACGCUUCCUGAUAUUACACCAUUUUUAAUAACAAAUGUUAAUAUCAA